AUGUCUAUGUCAGAACCUGGUGAUGGGGCACAUGCCCUCGCACUCCCAGACUCCUCAGGGGCGGUCCCUACCUCCACGGAAGCAAGGGCCAAGCGCCGCAUCGCCGCGUUGGAAGAAGAAUUACAAACAAUGAGGCAAGAAAGAGGAAUGAAGCAAAGAAAAACUACCUACUACGUCGCUCAAGGCAGGGGGGCUCGUCAUAUGAGCGUCCUUUAUACUAACCUAGAAGACUUGAUCACCGAGAACGAUCGCAGGUAUGAGGAAGCCAUAUUGGACAACUUGGAGGGCAGCACCCUAGAACAAAAUCGCCUGCAGCGAGGCUACCUCGCACUCGCACAAGCUUUGCCGUGGUUUCAUUCUAAGCUUUCAGAACUUGACGCUGAUGACUGUGAAGAUAUGUUGAAAAAGUUCACACCCUUUCGCGAUUUGUGUCAAGAUACACCCUUAAAAUAG